CUUUAUCGUAACUCGAUUGUCUCUCAUAACACUCUAUCGCAUCUAACAGCUGUACCGCUUACAUUUUCGAAUAGCGCACGCUUUCUAUAUUAUUGCUUGCUUGACUAUGCGCCUUCCACUACUCUCAGCCACGUUAGGCACCGGGAUCCUAUUAAGUCUUGCUGCAUUCACCGAAGCAAUCAAGGUCAAAGGCCAGGUCUUUGGGGUGAAGUUCCGAGGUCGAGUAAUGCGUGGUGUAUCCACUAAGACAAGGGUUCUAUUGAGCGGUGGAUCGCUUGAGGCGCAAGUCCACGAGGACGGAUCGUUUGUAUUUCCGGAUGUGCCCAUUGGAACUUACUUCCUUAAGGUCCACAGUCCUCAUCUUACUUAUCCCAAGGCACGCCUUGCAGUGACGGCAAGCGGUGUUCGAGCGACACGAUUCAGUCUCAGCAAUCAUUUUGCGAGUCCCCAACAGGAGCUACCGUAUCCAUUAGUUCUCAGACCACAUCCAAGACCUGGACAUUACAUUGCCCUAGAGGCCGCCAAAGUAGCCGGAUGGUUUGUGAAUCCGAUGCUGUUGAUGUCGAGUUUCAGUCUCCUUAUGCUGCUUUUGAUGCCCAGAAUUAUAGCGAACCUCGAUGAAGAAGCCUUGCAUGCCCUUCGAUCCUCUUACGAUUCGGCACCUGAUACUUCGCUGCCUGCUGUUCAGCGCCCACUUGAACCUGUAAGGAAGCAACAGACGAUGGUGUCGCCGCACCGUAUUCUCCCACAGCAGUACCAACCGCAAAUGAAGGACAGGAUACUGGAGCAAAAUCCGCGCAGCUUCUUCCAGACAAAGAACCAAAGCGACUUCGGAUCGUCCUCUCUUCCGUACCAACGAUCGCACGUUCCAGUCCAGUCCAAGAAGUUGGAAUAAGCGCCUCCACAUUCGUCAUUUCCUUUUUUUUUUUUAAUCCACUUGACCUCGGCAGUGUAAUAUUAGU